AAGCAACAAGCCGCGGUGAAAUGAUAAUUAUUAUUAUUUAUAUACAUUAAAGGUACUUUCAGAGAAUGUAGGUACAUUGUAAACCAAUUUUUAUUUGCAGAUUAAAAAAUGCCUUGAAUUAUGCUUUAAAAAAAGCAGCUCAUUGAGAAGAAAGCAAUGAUUUAAAAUAUUAUAAGGUAAAAAUAAAUUAAACCGACAAAAAUGUACGGUUUGUUAUUAAUAUUCUCGGUCUACGAUUUAAUCAUUCUAAGUUACUUGUCUUUGAUCCUGCCCAAUUUUCAAAUCUGGUAAUACUAAGAACCACAGACAACUUUAGAACAAGACAAAAAAUGUCAAAACAUUAUUUUGAUUUUUGACAAUGACAUUGACAAAUGUGGUGUAAUUUUAAAAAACAAAUAUUUUUUUUCACAUUUUUGGCUACAAUUUAAUAUUUAUACAUAAAAUGAAUAGGAAUUUAUUAAUUUUAAGAAAUUUCAUAAAACAGAACAAGUUUCAUCGGCCCUUCAGUACAGAGAUACAAGAAAAUGAACCUAUAAAAUUUUCCACUAGUAAUGCGGCCAAAAAAAAAGUACCCAUAAUUAAUAAAAAUAAAAGGGCACAGAGCAUGCCUUGGUACCAACCAUACAGUGUUGUAGGCAGUGUGGCUGUUUUUUUAAUUUACUUUUGCAUUCUGAGGGAAGAAAACGAUGUUGAUAAGGAGUUUACCAAGACAUUGUAUGAGAGGAUUAAGGGUUUAGAGAAACAGCAAUUGUUGCAAAGCUAUAAAUUUAAUAAAGAGAAUGGACUCAGUGUUGCAGAAAUUGAAAUGAGACUUCAAGAAAUAGAAGUUGAAGAAGCAAAACUUGUAGUGUAGUACUUUAAGAUAAAAUGUUGAUUUAGUAGGUCUAAUUAUUUAUAUUAAACAAAAUUACAAACUA